AUGCUAUUGAAGAAGCAGAUUCUUUUACUUCCCUCCGCCGUUCUUUGUGUCGCCGUCUUUUUGCAAGGUGCCGUCGCAAGAGGCGCCGUGGAGGAUAUCACCAACUGGACCAAAGACCAAGCUGCCGCUUAUCUGGACAAAUACAAUAUCGCUUACGAUAAAUCCUCGGAUGACACGUCUUUACUCGAUACUGUAAAGCAAUACCGUGAUGCUGCUGCUUACAAUGCGCAGAUCUUUGGUGACAAGAUUGAUCGUUUGCUGGAUGGUCUCAAAAUCAAGCUCCAAAAGCAGUAUAACCUCGCCGACAACAAUCUUCAAGGCUUGAUGGACGCGCUCCAACACGACUUGCGUCAACUCGAGUUACACAACGAACUUACCAAAGAGCGUGUGAAGCAGUCUUUAGAUAAGCUCCAUCAUCGUGUUGUCAAGCAAAAGUAUGUUUCCGAAGCCCAAUGGAAGGAGAUCGCCAAUGAUUUGGAAUCCUCCUUCGAAUCUCAGACCUGGUACCAGAAGUUCUUGGGCAAGCAGCCGACCUUUAGCGGCCAGGAUGACGCCUACCACACCUGGUUGAACAGCAUCGCAAACCGUCUCGAGAAAAACAAAGAUUUGACAAAAGAACAAGUUCAGAGCGUUCUCGACACCGUUCGUGAAGGUGUGACCUCCAUCUCCGAUGUGUCCAAGGUCGGUAACCCUGCAUGGUGGAAGCAGAUCCAAUCCAAGCUCGAACACAAGGCCAAAUUGACCGAAGAACAAGCCAAGUCCGUGGCCACCUCGAUCGGCCCCGAUAUCAAUGCCUACAAGAUCUUCGCCAUGGAAUACGCCGGUUACACCUACGAUCAAUCUCAGCAGAUGUUGGCUAUCUUCAUGGACAAGCUCAAGGAAUCUGGCCAGCUUACUCAGCAAAAAAUGAACGAAAUUAUGAAGGGUGUUGAAAACAGCCUGCGUCAAUUGUGGCCUGGCGGUAUUACCGAUCCUACUGAGCACGGUGCUUUCGCUACCAUCAAAUCGGCUGCUUCCUCCAUUACCGCUGACUGGGAUGCUUCCAGCAGCUCAGCCGCCUAUUCCAGCUCUAUCGAAUCCGUGAAAUCGGCCGCUUCCAGUGACUUUGCUUCCGCUACUGAUGUCGCCGGUGCUUCCAUUACUUCCGCCAUGUCUCAUGCCGCUCAAGCCACCAACGACUGGAAGUCUUCCUUUGCUCACAGCUGGCGCGAUAAGGAACGCCAGGCUUACAAGAAGAUCGGAUACACCGAAGCUCACAUUGACUGGAUCUUCAACUACUUGCAUAAGUCCUUCAACGACAAGAAGUCGUUUGCCAAGCACAACGUCGACCGUGUUCUCAAUGGUAUCCGUGACUAUCUCCACAGCGCCAAGGUGCAAUCUUCCACUCAAAUCGAACAUCAAAUCAACCACAUCGAAAAGAUGUUGGAAGCUUUCAAGACCCACUUACCUUACCGUGACGAGUUGUAA